AUGGACUGGAUUUUUUCGGAAAAGCCCGAUCCCGCAACGCCGCCCGUGUCGUGGGCGCUGGGAGCCAUUCCGGCCAUGUUUCGGCGUGAAACGCCGCAUUUCGAGCGAGAUUUGGGCCGGCUGAGACGGGCAGACAGAGACUCGGAGGGAGCCAGAGACACAGAAACGUCCACGGGAGACGAUGUGGCGACGGAGCCCACUUUCGACAACUUUUUGGAGAUGAAAGCCAGCAGCACCCCCUUUUUCAAGCCGGAAAAGGUGCAUUUGAAGCGGCGGGCGGCCAAUGAUAACCUCAAACCGUGCCCAAACAAGUUCCCCAAGACGGGCGGUAUUUUAAAACAGACACAGACCGGAGCGCACGGCGAAAACGACACGGUGUCCAAUUUCGGGCACAAAAACGUGAGUUUUGCCGCGUCGUUGGGAUCUACUACAAACAGCAUCUCGGAACAGCUUCCGUCCGGGUACGAGGGAGCCGACCAGACCCCCGUGGCGUCUUGUCGAGGCCCCAAGUUUGUGCAGUACGACCCGGUCAACGACGACACCAAGACCAUGUUUCGCAAACUCGACAACAACAUGGAUUUGUUGAACGAGAGGCGGUUGAAGUGGGGAGGAGGAGGAUCAGACACCAGGCCGGUGACGCAGCAUGUAGCGAAUGGAAAGGAGGAGGCGGAGGAGCACAGACUGGUCAAAAGCACGGCUCAAGUCGAGCUGGAGCUCGCUUUGGAGAAGAUCAAGCGACUGGAGGAAGACAAGAGACGGUACAUGAACCAGAGCAAUAAGCUCGAGAUGGAAAAGAGGACGGUGGAACACGAUCUGGAGAUGCUCAAGCACCAGCAGCGCAACGAAAUCGAUACUAUGAAGAUGACCAUUGAGCACCUGCAGUCGAAAAUGAGUGUUAGUGGGUGCGAGACUCGCGUCAAGGAGCACAAGUUGAACGUGGCCGAGUCACGUGUGGGAGAGCUGCAAAGAGAGCUGGCUGAUACCAAGGUGGCUGCCGAAGCGCGCGAACACCAUCUGAAGGAGCAGGUGGCGUUCCUGGAGGAGAAGGUGGGCACACUGGAGCGCAAAGAGCGGGCGUUCAGGGCCUCGGAGAAGAUUGCCAUGCGACAGAGAGACGAUUUCAACAAGAACUGGACGUUUCAAAACCAGGGUUCAGGGAGCCAGGGCUCUCAGAAUGAAACAAAUCAUAGUCAGAACCACGUGAAUGAUUUCCAUCAGAACUGGAAUCGAAACCAGGGACCUCAAACCAGCUUCAACCCGAAUCAGAACUGUGGUAAUCAGCAUAGUGGGUUGCAGAAAGGCAACGAAUUCAACUUGAAUCACCUGAAUCCCCAGCAACAGAACCCCCAGCAACAGAACCUCCAGCAACAGAACCUCCAGCAACAGAAUUCCCAGCAACAGAACCCCCAGCAACAACCCAACAUCUUCCAGAACCCAGGCAACCCGUUUGCAAGCACAUUCCAUCCACAGCCGCAACAGCAGUCGACACGCCAACCACUGGGCUCUUUCGAUCUCAACAUCAAACGUGACAGUUGGCAGAAAAGUAGAAACAUUUUCGGUCACAACCGACAACCAUCGACGACACCCAAACAGCCCCCUCCCUCGUACAUGAGAGGUCACGAUGUGGACAUGGCCGACGGUAUGCGGUUUUUUAGAUAG